AUGGAGCCAUUUCCAAAACGCCAGCGACUAUACUCUCCCAUCAGCCGUGAAUUUCCUUAUAGCUUCGAGAAUCAACAUCAAUACUACCACAUUCCUGACAGCGAAAUCAAGGGAUUGGAGGACUGCGAUGAGGACUACGAUGAGGAAGAUGGGGCCGAUACGCCAGUACACGAUCCAGACUCCGAACUUGACCGGAAAAGAGCGCAGGCGGAGUACAAGCUGAAGUCUUCCUUUGAAGCAAUCUUCGAAAAAUAUGGAAAAGACUUCGAUGGCAUUGCAGACGAGAUUGAUCUAGUCACGGGCGAUAUUGUUGUCAACAAUGGCCAUAUUAUUGAGAUGCAAAAUGAACAAGAUGCAGGAGGUCGCACCCCUCGGCAGGACUUUGAGGACGACACAGUGGAGUCGGACGAAAGUUCUUAUAGCACUGCCGGAGACCAUAAUCUCCUUGAGGAGGAGGGCAACGACGAUGAACCGAACGAAGAAGAUGGUAUGAUGGAAGAUGACUUGAUAUUGCGUGGCUUUGCACAGGCGACCCAGUUCUUGCAGGCAGAACCCUAUAUGCCAAUGCCCCGAACGCCUUCCCAGCCAAGGGAAAAAGAAUUGCACUCGACUGGCCCUCGACCCAGUUUCCGGACCACGACGCCUCCGUCUCGCUCCGAAAUUCGUACCCAAUUUGGACCCCAACUCGGCUCGCAAACAGUUGAAUACGUUGCCCAGCAGAAUGUGAGCGAUGAUAGUCACAUUGAACCUGCCUGGCGUGUUCCAUAUCUUCCACCAGCGUCGACAAGUAGACGCUCGUUGCCUAAAUCUAUUAUGACCAGGCCAGAUAUUUAUCAACCGCCAUCUCCCGAUACUGGCCUUUCCCUCUGGGCCCCUGAAAGGCAACGGGGACACCGUAGGACGCGGAGAUACAGCAAGGAUGUGAGGCUUCCCAGGGGUGCUGGUAGUCUUCACCACAAUCUAUCUUACUUGCCUGGGUCCUUGGAUUCUCUUAAUAAUCGACCGAUGACCAGUGCCGGGGAACAUACACGAGUGCCUCGCCCGAUCUUAACUCGCAAUAGGUUUACUGCCACAGACGAUGCUCUGGUUCUGGAUUGUGUAAGAAGGGCAAGAAUUCAUGAUAUACCAUUGACACAAAGCUUCUGGGAGGAUAUCGGGGCAAAGUAUCCACACCACACAUGGAAGAGCUGGCGCUGGAGGUACAAUCAUAAACAUUUAGCAUGUCUUGGUUCAAGUCCAGCCCCAGCAACAGAACUCACAACGUCCCCUGCAUCUACAUGCAUUGGUGAUAUCUCAAAUCCAAAUAGACCAAAGCCUAGCUUGAUAGAAACGAUUGCUUAUCGAUCAGUGGCUAACGCCGAUUAUCAUCGCCCUACGCGCAUGAGGAAGCCUUACCAGAGAGAUUCCAAUAUUGUCAGCUGGUCAGAAGCAGUAAAUAGCAUUAAAUCAUCGGAUCCCGAGCUGCAUAGCGGGAUUCUACGCGAUAGAGGUAGGAAUGGCAACGAUGAGGGCCAUUGGGCCAUUGAUCGGCCAAUGACUUCAGCAAAUCAACCUAUUCCAGAUAGUCGCUUCUCUGAUCAGAUCCCAGUGUUAAAUCAGAUCACAUAUCCACAGCAUGGCGAUGCUCAAGUCUCGAGCCCCCCGAGAAGAUUCCACGACUCAGCUAAUGGUAUGGAAGAUCGAUCAGAGCAGUUACCACAUUUGGAAAGUUUAAAGAGUCGGGACGCAGAUGCCAAUCUGGCUGCUGGUGCUCCUUGUCCAUGCCCACAUGUAGGGUGUAAGUCGUACCCUACAAAGGUCUACAGCCUACAAAGAAUGGCGGGAGACGAACUUUCACAAAUGUCCCUGCAUUUACUCGAACUGCAUAAUACAACACCCUUUCCAUGCAGUGAGCCUUUUUGUGCGCACACAGGCGAACAUGGAUUUUUCACGCAGGAGGAUUUAGUUGAGCAUGUCAGAACUUCCCAUUCGAUCAGCGGGUCUUUAGAUCAGCUUCGACGUCGAGUGGAUUCGAAUUUGCUAGAUAACCGCAGCAGACCUAGCAUAUCCCUUGGGCCUCAUAUGAACAAGGGGGAUGGUGACAUUCAUGCCGGGAAACAUAAAGACUCUGACUUCGUGUCUCCGCGAAGGGCAAACGGCAUCCGCCCCUCAUCCAGCAGCGGCAUGUUUUCUUCUGGCUUUGACCAUGACCGGGCUCUGGGUUGGCGAGGCAUGACUUCCACACCAACACGCACGCCGAUGACGAGUGCCUCAUCAUUGUUCGUGGACCAUCCAUCGAUUACGAUCAGUGGGACACCGGAUGUCGUUAGAACUCAAGGAACAUCUCCUACUCCUCAUCCACGGAUGUACGAUUUGUCCCCUAGUAGUUACAACGUUCCAAACCGACGGGGCCAUGUUGCCAAGCCAAUGGAGAAUCGAGAGACUGGACACCGACUGUCUGGGAACCACCUGGCAUCUCCUAAUAAGGGUGCCCUCAUUGCACAGAUGUACGCAAUUGAGCAGGUCUCAUCCACGGGCCCUGGCAUCCAAGCAGACGUUGGCAUCGAAGAAGACCUAGGUAUCCAAGAAGACAUGGGUAUCCAAGAAGACGUGGGUAUUCAAGAAGACGUUGGCACCAGGGAUGGAGCAAAACCACGAGCGCAUGAACGGCUAUAUAAAGGGGAUGUGAUGUCUCCACAAGGCCAAAUCUCUCCCGUCAAACCUAAAACAUCCCUUCCGUCUAGUAUACCAAACUCUCAGAGCUCUGCAUGCGAUGAACCGCCUAGCUCGAGUAGCCGUCCGAGCCAGAGAUGGAAAGAGACAUAUGAUGACGCUAUCAGAAAUGAUAUCGCUAAGCCGGAUGAGAAGAGAGUCCAUGCGCCUCCUAAAGUAUCGCUGCCCUCGACUUCGCCUCUAAAUAAUGCGCAGUCAAUUCCUGCUCAACGGCAUUUAAACACCCCGGCGGAAAAGAGAGGCCAUGCGUCUCCUGAACCAUCGCUGCCCUCGGUUUUACCUCCAAAUAAUGUGCAGCCAACCUCAACUCAACGGCACCUCAGCACUCCGGCGGAAAAGCGUCCACGAAAACCUAUCACGUCUGAUGAUGGUGACUCGGAGGAUGAGCUGAGUUUGGCUUCUGAUGGCUUACUCUUGCUGUCUUCUCGACCUAGAACUACCAAGACACCGUUUAAUGUAUCUGUGCGCAUCAAGUCCGAGGAUGCCUCUAGCCCAUCUCGAAUUAUGUCUGCCACGCCAUUACGAAAGAGAAAACUUGACGUCGCCGCGGAAAGCGAUGAGAUUGAUGAAUUAAUGGGGGAUGAACCCGCAUUCUCCUUAUCCAUCACAAGGCCAGCAGCGAGAUUACAGCCCCAGAUUAAAGAAGAAUCUGUUGAAAGACCUACGGCCCGGCCCCUUUUCAAGCGUGCCAAACCGAAACACAAGCCACCAUUGUAG